AUGUACACAACAAUCGUAAUAAAAUACGGUAUUAAACUCUUUAUUUUCUCUAUCUUCCUUUUCCCCAAUUUCUAUUUGAACUUAUUAGAAACUCAACAAACACCAGCAAGUGAAAACAACGAUGAAGUAGCGCCAACCGACAACACGCGUCAGACAAGAUCAAGACAACAAUCAACAUGCUUAUACAAAGGCUGCAACAAUCAUACGCGAGCUGAUUCUUAUUGUAGUGAUGUGUGUGCCCGAAAAGACGAACAAGGAACACCAACGGUACGUCGUAACACCAAGAAAAAGGAAACCCCACCACCACCAGCUGAAGAAAGCGAAAAGGAAGAAUCUCAAGAAAGUUCAACGCCAAAUUCUCCCAGUCAAAUGACAGCAGACGAAAACCCAGUACGUCGAAACGUGAUCAAGAACAUGACAGGCAUCUUGAAGACGAUUAUGGAAUCUGCAGUUCAAAAGGAUCCCGAGUUGUUUCACGUCGGAGAGAUUCCAGAAAGAGCAGAAAGCUUGGCUAGGUCAAUUGAAAACACGAUGCUCGAGCAACUGGGCGAUAUGAAAGGACGCCAGCGUACAUGUGGUGAACCUUACAAGAACAAGUUUCGAUCCCUGCUUCAUAAUUUGAAGGACAAGGCCAACCAGACUUUCCAGUUACGCGUAGUGGCAGGUGAUCUAACCCCAUUGGAACUCAUCAAGAUGUCAUCGGAAGAUAUGGCAAAUCCAGAACUCAGGUCCAUGUCGGAAGUGCUUCGUCAGAAGAGUUUGAAGAAUUCGAUUCUAAAGAUUGAAAAUGUGCCUAUUAUCAAAAAGACACAUAAAGGAGACAUCAUCAUGAUACCAAGCAAAGAAGAAAAGAACCAAGAUGACUUUUACAAGGAGCCCCUGUUAGAGAAUAAAAACAGUAGCAGUAACCAGCAGGAAAUACCUGUGAGUGACACUGCAGAUCACACAAGCACAAAGUCGGCUGAGCCCAUGGAUGAUAUAUUGGCCCGAAUUGGGGUUGCAAACCAAGAAGACCAAAGGCGAGAUCCUUCCAAUUUAAAUACAGGUCAUCGAGCAAAGAAGAGAAAAGUCACUGUGGAUGUAGAGACAUUGUUGGGUGAAGAGGAAGAAACACCAUUUGUGGUUGAAGAAGUCGAUACAACUGAGCUCGAAAAUCAAGAACAACCCGUUCAGAAAGAUCAAACUGAAGAACCAGAUGCAAUGGAACAAGACAAAGAUGAAGAAGAGAUACCUAGUAUUUGGCAAGGAAAAGUAAAUAUGCCACAAGUAGCUGAAUUUGAAGCAUGUGCAAGGCAGGUGGGAGGAAGACAGCUGAAUGCUGAAGAAUGGAAGGAAGUUCUGUCGCCUACCAUGUGGAUAGAAGGAAGAAUCCCAUCUGAUCGAGUCACAAAUUAUAUAACACAGACACAAUACUCAAGUAGUCGAGAGAUUGUGCUGAUUCAAGUAGAAGCACAGAAUAGACAAGCGGAGCCAAGUUUAAAUGAAGGACAGGCACAAACAUUAUUAAAUUAUCUCCAGACACGACAAAGAUAUGCGGUCGUGGGACAUAACAAGACCAAGAUUAAGGACUUUUAUUUGAUUCCGCUGCAAAAGGUGCAGCAAAUACCAGAUUGGCUUUAUGUUGUUAGAGUAGAAGAGACCAAAAGAGAUGCAGAUUUAUUCUUGGGCGUUUUAGUACUUCAAAGAACCAAACAACAACAACAACAACAACAGCAGCCUGUUCCAUUUCAUUAUCCCUCUUACUAA